CACCAAUUAGACCAAUACCAGGAAGUGCUGCAGAUGGAUCCAUAGAGGAUGGAUCACGUCGGCGUUAAGUUAAUAUAGAUAUUAUUAAAUUAUCUAGCCAGUCAGAUGUAUUCUUUGCAACCCUAACUAGUAGUUAUUGACAAACUGUGUUUGUUAGCAUGGUGUUCUUAUUAAUAAUUUGACCUCCAGGGCCGCGUUGACAUUUCUAUUUUGACCUCUUUGCAAGAUGCGAGAACUUCAUCUACUAUAAGCAUACAUUUUUUUUUUACCAUUUUAUUGAACCAAUUUUAUACUGUUAUAUAGACAGAUCUCUGUAUAUCUAACGUUUGAAAAUGAAGAAAGCGGAAGAUUCAUGUUGUGUUGUCACAGUGUCCGAGACGCCGCUUAACCUCACAUCUGGAUCUCCGAAUGAAGAACUGAGCUGUAGUGGAGCGUUUCUGAAUUACCAAUCUGGGAUUGUCGUCUGUAGUGGCAUUUUAUUUUCACGCUUUAUCAAUGACCGACAGUCCAUGAAGAAAGAUGCGAAAAUAUUGCAUUCUGAAAGUUUCACUAAAGAGAUAAAAGUGCAUGUAGAUUACAUUCACGUUUGCGCCAACCAGUCGUGUGUAACGGACAGACGCAAUACGAGCCGUCAAGAGGCUCACCUGUUAAUGAUGAUCAGUUGUGUGGAGUUUCAAGAUGCAUUUAACAAAAUCUUCAAGGGGGCUGAUAACUGGGGCUUUUAUAGUGGUACUUUGGAUGCAGAAGUUCUGGAAGACUUCAGAUUUUUAAGUUGGUUUGCACUUUUAAAAGUGCCCACUUCAUCCACAUGCGCCUGCAAGGAAACUAUUCCAUGGGUGAAGAGUGGCAGUCUUAAAAAGGGAUGUCAUGUCAUCGCAUGUGGGUCUCCAUUUGGUGGUCUCUGUCCAGACCUCUUCAUGAACACAAUUAGUAAAGGUAUAGUCAGUAAUCUGGCUGGAGGUGAGAAUGCUCUGAUCCUGACUGAUGCCCGCUGCUUGCCUGGCACCGAAGGAGGCGGUGUGUUUGUUAGCAAAGGAGGCAGAUCUUACCUUGUGGGUUUGAUCGUUUCACCACUGUGCUGGAAAUCAAGUGAGUGGAUUGGGCUGACACUUGUGUGCUCUGUUCACCUGAUUCUGAAAAACAUGCUACAGGCUGGUGCCAUCCAGGAGUCGCUGAUAGAAGAGUCAUCACAUUCACAGUUCAUCACUGGCUCUCUUCAAGCUCCAUUAACUGCAAACCGAUGUUCAGGAUCUGAAUUUUGCACUGGAGUUGCCCUGAUCGAGACCGGCCAGCUGUGGGGUUCUGGUGUGCUGCUAAACCAGAAUCUGGUUCUGACCUGCAGGCAUGUGGUGAAUGAAAAGUCUGUGCUUACAGUCAGAGUCAACUUUGGAGAAAGAUUUCAUACAGUAAGUGGUAAGGUGCUGUAUUCAUCAGUACCAUCAUCUCCCUAUGAUAUCGCUGUGGUAGAGCUUCAGGAGCCCCUCGCAAACUCAGUAAAUACACAGUUGACCACAUACUUUCACCCAGGUGAGGAUGUGCUUGUUGUGGGUUAUGGAGCUUUAGGGAGCAGCUGUGGCCCUUCGUUGACCUCAGGGAUCUUAUCCAGAGUUAUUACCCAUCAGUCACAGCCUGUGAUGCUGCAGACUACAUGUGCUGUGCAGUCUGGAGCCAGUGGUGGUGCUGUGGUUCGUUCUGCCACUGGGGAAUUGUUAGGUAUCGUGUCCAGUAACACAAGAGACUUUGCUGCAAAAGUGACGUAUCCUCAUCUGAACUUCAGCAUCCCAGUGACUGUUCUGGAGCCUCUGCUGAGACAUUUUGCUCAAACUGGAGAUGCUGCUGUGUUUAAGGCCUUAGACAGUGCAGAGGAUGAUGUCAAGAAGAUAUGGAGACUACAAAGCAUUCAGAGCAAGCUUUGAUCAUUCUCCAAAAGAAAACUGGAAAAUGAAUUCACAUGAAUUCCUGUGAUUGUUUCCAAAUAUACAAGAUGCAUUAGAAUGAAUAUAUAACUACUAAAAUGAAUCUUUGUGUAUUUUAAAGGUGCCGAAGAUGUGAAAAUGUUAUUGAAAAAUGAUAAUAUGAAAGCUCUGUACUGAUAAUAAAAUGGUGUAUAUUUCUGA